CGUCGCAGCCGGCUGGUGACGACAGCCCGACACGGAGGAAGUGGACGGACGCCGAGAACGUCGCGCUGUCCAAGGCGUGGGUGAGUGUUUGCGAUGAUCCCCUCGCCUCGAACAACCAGAGAAUCGUCAACUUGUGUGCUAAAAUAGUAGCAGCCUACAAGGCAUUUUGCCCAGAGGGGCGGCCACGCAGCGGGGAGGAGUGCCGGAAGGCGGAGGACCGAAUCAGGGCUGAGGUCUCCCGAUUUUCGGGGUUGUACACCAACGCCCUCUGCAUGCAGUCCAGUGGCCAAACUGACGAGUACUGCAGAAGGAUGGCGGAGAAAGAGUUUCCCGUGCCCGGGCUUUACAAGGAGUUCACCUACUGGAACUGCUACGAGGUGCUCAUGGACUCCGAGAAGUUUCGGGCAGGUGUGGACGCUGGCUGGCCGAAGAAGCAGCGCCUGAACUAUACCGGUGAUUACAGCGGCGGCAGCAGCGGCGGUUCCCACGACCUCCCUGAGGAUGCACAGGAGUUCCUGUCCCCUCAGGCGUUUGCUCGCCGCACUCGCCCGAUUGGUCAAAGGCGGGCUCAACGGGCUCACUGGGCCUCCCAGGAGGUCCAGUCGACAGCCGACCUCGCCUUCUUCGCGCGUCAACAAACGCACUCUCAGAUGUGGACGGGAGGGAGCAAUAAAGUGAUUACUAAGAAGUAUGACUAUUACGACAAUUCACACCGAUUCACAAGUUCACUACAUUCAUGAUAUCGAUUAAUUGAGUGCACCGAUUAAUUGAUAGUACAAAUCAUGUCUUAUGGCCAUGGGAAACGGCGCACGCGUUCAUGACUUUGAGUGCUACAUUUGAAGUUCCUGGGAAUAACCGGAAAAUGGCAAAUGUUUUAUGACUUUUAAGGUAAUUGUCCCUAUUUAAAUUUUAAACUAACAAACAACGUCCAUAAAUGACAAUAGCGGUCACUCUCCAGCCGAGAGGAUUGUCGUCGAAUUGAAUCGACUGAGCAAGUGGAAGAAUCGAGAGGCUGUUGAUCGCAAACAAAGGCGAAAUUGCGUUAAGGAUUAUGCGAACAGCGAAGCAGCUGGGGAUUUGAACCGUUGCCGUGUACAGCGACACCGAUGAGUGUAGCAUGCACGUCAAACCAGACCUGGACUCGGCCGAGGCUUAAUUCCUAUAUCUUUGCUGCUACUAUCUAUUUUGUUAGCCAUGAAUGCACUAAUAUUAGAAAUGUUGUCGAAUUGUUAUGAUGUAUUAGCACAAUAGGUUCCUAACAUUAGGCUGCUAUGAUUCUAUAACUAAUAUCAUAUGUAAUCGAACAACUAAUAUUAUGCUACUGUGUUUUUUUUAUUUUUAAUUUAUGUAUAUAUGUAUUAGAUAUGUUGUUCAA